AGCGCGGGGGCGGCCCGGAGCCUCCGCCCGGGGUCCCCGCGCCCCGCUCGCCCGCCGCGCUCCGAAGAUGGUGGCGGCGCCGUGCGCCCGGAGGCUGGCCCGGCGCUCGCACUCGGCGCUGCUCGCGGCGCUCACGGUGCUGCUGCUGCAGACGCUGGUCGUGUGGAAUUUCAGCAGCCUCGACUCCGGGGCCGGGGAGCGGCGCGGGGGCGCGGCGGCCGGCGGCGCCGAGCAACCGCCCCCGGCCCCGGCCCCGCGCCGCGAGCGCCGGGACCUGCCCGCCGGGCCGGCUGCAGCCCGAGGCGGCGGCGGCGGCGGCGGCGGAGGACGGGGGCCCCCGGCGCGGGCGCGGGCGCGGGCGGGCGGCCCCGGAGAGCCCCGGGCGCAGCAGCCGGCCGGCCGGGGGGCACUGCCCGCGCGGGCGCUGGACCCUCAUCCGAGCCCACCGAUCACCCUGGAGACCCAGGAUGGCUACUUUUCUCAUCGGCCGAAAGAGAAAGUGCGGACAGAUAGCAACAAUGAGAACUCGGUCCCCAAAGACUUUGAGAACGUGGACAACAGCAACUUCGCACCCAGGACUCAAAAACAAAAGCACCAGCCUGAGCUGGCAAAGAAGCCCCCAAGUAGACAGAAGGAGCUUAUGAAAAGGAGGCUGGAGCAGGAAGAGAAGGGGAAGGGACAGUCGUUCCCAGGCAAAGGCACCCACGAGGCGCUGCCUCCCGGUGGGAGAGCCGCGGUGAACGGCAGCCGUGGGAAGGAUGCCCCGAGACAGCCCCACACCAGGAAGAGUGGGGGCGGCUCCCCCGAGCUCAGGUACGACCAGCCCCCCAAGUGCGACAUCUCUGGCAAGGAAGCCAUCUCCGCCCUGUCCCGCGCCAAGUCCAAGCACUGCCGCCAGGAGAUCGGGGACACCUACUGCCGCCACAAGCUCGGGCUGCUGAUGCCCAAGAAGGUGACUCGGUUCUGCUCCCUGGAAGGCAAAGCCAACAAGAACGUUCAAUGGGAUGAAGAUUCUGUAGAAUAUAUGCUGGCCAACCCCGUCAGAAUCGCCUUCGUCCUGGUGGUCCACGGCCGCGCCUCCCGGCAGCUACAGCGCAUGUUCAAGGCCAUUUACCACAAAGACCACUUCUACUACAUCCACGUGGACAAGCGCUCUAAUUACCUGCAUCGGCAAGUGCUCCACUUCGCCAGACAAUAUGGCAAUGUUCGUGUCACCCCAUGGAGGAUGGCCACCAUCUGGGGGGGCGCCAGCCUCCUGUCCACAUACCUGCAGAGCAUGCGGGACCUCCUGGAGAUGACCGAUUGGCCAUGGGACUUCUUCAUCAACCUCAGCGCAGCCGACUACCCCAUCAGGACGAAUGACCAGCUCGUGGCAUUUCUGUCCCGAUACCGAGAUAUGAAUUUCCUGAAGUCACAUGGCCGGGACAACGCAAGGUUCAUCCGAAAGCAGGGUCUGGACCGGCUCUUCCUGGAGUGUGACGCCCACAUGUGGCGCCUGGGGGACCGGCGAAUCCCAGAGGGCAUCGCUGUGGAUGGAGGCUCAGAUUGGUUCCUGCUGAACCGGAAGUUUGUGGAGUAUGUGACAUUCUCCACAGAUGAUCUGGUGACCAAGAUGAAGCAGUUUUACUCCUACACCCUACUUCCUGCUGAGUCCUUCUUCCACACAGUCCUGGAGAACAGCCCCCACUGCGACACCAUGGUAGACAACAACCUGCGCAUCACCAACUGGAACCGGAAGCUGGGCUGCAAGUGCCAGUACAAGCACAUCGUGGACUGGUGCGGCUGCUCGCCCAACGACUUCAAGCCGCAGGACUUCCACCGCUUCCAGCAGACAGCCAGGCCCACCUUCUUUGCCCGAAAAUUUGAAGCCGUGGUGAAUCAGGAAAUCAUCGGGCAGCUGGACUACUACCUGUACGGGAAUUACCCUGCGGGCACCCCGGGCCUCCGCUCCUACUGGGAGAACGUGUACGAUGAGCCAGAUGGCAUCCACAGCCUGAGCGACGUGGCGCUCACCUUGUAUCACUCUUUCGCCCGCCUGGGCCUCCGCAGGGCCGAGUCCUCACUGCACGUGGAGACGGGGAACAGCUGCAGGUACUACCCAAUGGGCCACCCAGCAUCUGUCCACCUCUACUUCCUUGCUGACCGCUUCCAGGGCUUUCUGAUCAAGCAUCACGCUACGAAUCUAGCUGUGAGCAAACUUGAGACCCUGGAGACGUGGGUGAUGCCAAAGAAGGUCUUCAAGAUCGCAAGCCCACCCAGUGACUUCGGGAGGCUCCAGUUUUCUGAGGUUGGCACUGACUGGGAUGCCAAGGAGCGGCUCUUCCGCAACUUUGGGGGUCUCCUGGGGCCCAUGGAUGAGCCGGUAGGCAUGCAGAAGUGGGGGAAGGGCCCCAAUGUCACCGUGACCGUCAUCUGGGUCGAUCCCGUCAACAUCAUUGCAGCCACCUAUGACAUCCUGAUCGAAUCCACUGCCGAGUUCACCCACUACAAGCCCCCUUUGAACUUGCCCCUGAGGCCUGGGGUCUGGACAGUGAAAAUCCUUCACCACUGGGUGCCAGUUGCAGAGACCAAAUUCCUCGUUGCACCACUGACCUUCUCAAACAGGCAGCCCAUCAAACCAGAGGAGGCGCUGAAGCUGCACAACGGGCCCCUGCGCAGCGCCUACAUGGAGCAGAGCUUCCAGAGCCUGAACCCCGUCCUCAGCCUGCCCAUCAGCCCGGCCCAGGUGGAGCAGGCUCGGAGGAACGCGGGCUCUACGGGUGCCACGCUGGAGCACUGGCUGGACUCCCUGGUAGGCGGGACAUGGACCGCCAUGGACAUCUGCACCACAGGCCCCACCGCCUGCCCGGUCAUGCAGACCUGCACCCACACGGCCUGGAGCUCCUUCAGCCCUGACCCCAAGUCAGAGCUGGGGGCCAUCAAACCCGAUGGCCGUCUCAGGUAGCAGCGGGCACACGUGGGCCAUGGCAGAUAAAGGGAAAGCAGCCAGAGGGCUGGUGGUGCCUGGACCCUGGCACCCCCGCAGCCCCCAGGGGUGCCUUUUGUGAGAGGGGCUCUCCUGGCUACAGAUUGAGGGAGAAGGAAGGUUUGGAGGUCAAGGCAGUUCCUGCCAACAACCGGCGUGCGGCACGCUGGCUCCUGGGAGUGAGGACUGCUCAGUCCCCGUGCCAUGCUGGUCUUACCUCUUCUGGUUGAUCCUCAGAGCUCCAGGUUCCUCGUUUCCCCCCUCUCUGUGACCCAAUCUCCCAGUCAAGUGAUUCUCAGACUUUUAUUUUGAGCAGAGUUUUGUUUACUAAGCGCAGUUGGAGGUAGACGUUCAAGGUGUGGCUGCUCUGGUUGACGCCGGGGCACGUGUGUGAGCUUCUUUCUCGGAGCUCAGCCCACAGGGUGGUCCCUUUGCCCAAUGGCACCCCCUGAGGGACCUUUCCAGAACCCAAGGGCUCUGCAAAACCCCAUUUGAAAAGCACUGCCCAGACAGUGGGCUUGACCUCCCAGCCCCACCCUUGGGCUCCCCUCUUUCUCCCCAGGGGAGGGGGGGGUACUGGCUGAGCCUUUCACCAGCCCUUGUCGGGUUGACUUGUCCUUAGUAACUAGACGAGCAGGAGAGCCUUUUGAUGUGACAUGGCCAAGACUCCCCAAAGUGUGACUGCCAAGCAUCCUGGGUUCCAGGCCGGCCUCCCUUCCUCCAGACUGCCCCAUGGGAUGAGGCUCAGCAGUGUAAGCAUCAAGUCUCCCAGGCAUUCAUGGGCCGGGAGGCCGGGAGACCGGGACCGUGGCCAUGCAACUCAGAGAUGGUUGGGAGCAGACUCCUGAGCUGGACAACACAGCAAUACCCGCCACCUGCCUGAGCCCUUGGGCGCGGAGGUUGGGCACUCAGACCUUUGUGAAUCGCUCCCCCGCCCCUGGUGCUGUAGGGAAGGGACCAGACUUUUCACAUCCAGGAUAAAGCAUUUCAGAUUUGGUUUUGAAAGUCCUGCCCUUCCUCCUCCGAGGUGCAAGCAGGCCCCUGUGAUGUGCAGCAAGAGCGCCGGAAGCUUGAGUAUCUGAUCAGUUAAACCAUAGUGUUAUUCCAAGUGCUUGAGUUGCCAGAAACCUGAACUGUGCCCCUGCUGUGUGCCUGGGAGGGCUGGCCCUGCUCCCCUGGAGAGCCCACCCCCACCCGGGUGCAAGCUGUCCUGCCCCGAGAGCCCGUCCUUGUGGGCAUGAGUGUGAAGGUACUACAGCCCUGUCCUCCUAACCUCUCGCCCCUGCCAGGCCGGAUUCCUGUGAGCCAGGCCAGGCUGGAGAGGGACAGUUUCGGUAUUUAUUAGUUACGUUUUAGUCGAUGACUAAUGAGUAGGUGCUGCUUCUGCAGCUUGUCAGUUGUCUCUUACUAACUGAAGCUGCCUUUAUUCACUAAAGGUCCCCCCUGCCUCCCCGUGUCUGUCUCUCUCCUGUCUGCUCUGCAUGCUCCGUGUCCUCAGAGGAAGGCAGGGGUGUUGGCCACCAUGAAGAGAACGCUUACACCAGCAUCAUCUGCUGGCUGAAAGCAGGGUGCCCUGGGGACACUGGAGGCUUACUCUUCCUCCAGCAGGGUGGCAGCCUCGGCCGGUCGUGCAGAGCCUGGGAUGUGACAAAAUGACAGAAUGAGGCUCCUUCCAAGCCUAGGAGGGAGAGAGAUCCAGUUUGGGGAGAGGGUGAGUGAUCAGAUUGAGAGCCGGCCACUGUCAACAGGGGCUCCAGGGACCUCGGGGGGGGGGGUCUUGCCGAGAAAGCCCAGAUCAUCUCUCAAUGAGCCUGCAGCAUCUAGGAGCCCCGAGGGCCGGGCCACAACCUCCUUGCCCCCACCUCCCCCUCAAGGAACCUUCCUACUCUAUUCAUCCUCCUCUCCAGGCCGCUAGGAUUCCCGUGUUUUCCACAGUGUCCUGUGCGGAGCUCGGCCCCGCGUCCAGCGUGGGGCUGCCGAACCCCACUCCCCUGACCCCCAGAACAAGCGGAGAUAAGGCUGAGCCAGUGGACUGUGGGUACGAUCCCUACCCCCUCCCUGCUCACCCCGAGGAAUUCUGGAAGCCAGGCAGUCACACCCAGUGUUUCUCUAAGGACCUUUGUUUUUGGACCAAGGAAAAACUUGGCAGAUUAGAAAAAAAAAAAUCUAAACAAAAGGUGAUUUUUUUCCCAGGGGUCACAGUAACAGGUGAACUUUUUUAUCUGCCUAAGAGUGAGUGGUGAAGGGCCCAGGGAUAGAGCUGCUGGGACCCAACAACGUGAGGAGGUGGUGCCCGGGGUCCGCCAGGGGAGAAGGAAGCCUUCAAGAGGCCGUAGCACCCUGUGUGAUUUCCCAGCCAGUGACGCUUAGAUGGCAGCCAGUCUUCUGGAGUCCCCCCGCCCAGGGCACGCACAAAACGGUCUCCCACAACCCUGUGUUUAACAAGGAGGCCGUUUCCUCCGUUUGGAAAAAGACCUUGCCGGUCAGGUCAGGAGCCCUUUGGGCUUCAUUUCCCCCUUUGCUAAAGUUUUAAAAUGCCAGUGCACUCAGAGGAUGAACCAGACAACACGGGCCCCCAAAAGGGGCGUCUGGCGCUCUGGUUUACGGGUACAAGGAGGACAGUGGCUGGAACCUCGAUCUCUUGGCCAGGAAGGUGCAGAGUAGAGUGAAGCAGCUGUGGAAUGUGGGGCUUUAGCCAAGGCCCCUUACACAGCUGAGUCCACCAGGGACUCAGGACACAAGGUCCCCACCAGCACCCGAGGGGGAGCGCACUAGGAACAUCUGUGGGCCAAGCCCUGCCAGUCAGAACCACUCCGCAGGAGGGACCAUAAACACCAACGUUACUAUAUAGGCCAGUAGGGCGUGGUGGGGACUGUGGUCUGCUGGCGUGCACACGGUUGGCUGCAGCCCGUCUUUGCACAUUGUGCAUGUGGAAUCUUCCAGAUUUUCAUAGGAAAUUUGAUGUUCAAGUGUCGGCAAGGUUUUGAGUGUGGGCCAAGAGAAAUUCCACAGUUGAUCCUGUGCACUGCCAGCUACCUCUGCAGUCUAGAGCGAUGGUUUAUUGAUGAGGUUAGGCAGGGUCCUGGUGGAGGAGGCAAAGAGCCCCCAGUAGGAAGGGGCAGGAAUUAGAGCUCAUUUCACUGAUGGCUCUGAAGGGAACAUGAACCUCUUACCGGUCGGGUCGUUCCACUCCGGAGAGAUGGUCCCACAGAGAAGCGUCCCAGAAGAACUGGAUUGUCAGGCUGUCCUGGUCCCAAGACGGUGCUUUAAAAAAAAAAUUAAAAUUCAGAGACCUGACCUAAGGAGGCCCGCAGCUUCCAGAAUUUGAGCCCACCCAGGCGGAGGACAGGGUCCCGGGAGGAGGGACGUGUCAGCCCACCCCCAUUCUCAACAAGUCCCACGUUUGAGCAGCCGUCUUGGCACACGUUUUGGAAGCCAUGCUGGAGCUGAGCUUGCUCCCGGGAUGCCCUCUCGGACUCAGUAACCUUACUUGGCCCUUGGGUCUACCACAGGCGCUACCUCAUUGUGUCCGCUAAGAAGUUUACCUGGGGGAGGGGGAAAUCAUUAGGUGUCCCAAAUGUGCUCGAGCUGAAUGUACAAUCUAUGCAAAUUUCUCUCCCCCUCUCUGUGUCUGAGUUUCUCUCUCUCUCAAGUUUAUUUGGGUUUGGUUUUGUUUGCAAACAAGAUACUGUAUAGACCCCUCUUAAGACCGAGGAGGGCUUUCAUGCGCCACGUGUGUCUACCCCUCACGUUGUCUUUGGUUCUGUCCUCGCCGCGGCCCGCCCUCCAUCUCCCCUCCAUCUGGCUGGGAACCCUCCAACUGCCGCCUCUGCCCCCGCCGGAGCUCCCCAGGAAAGCAGGUCCUGCCCCCUAGCACCCCCAUCCCGCACACCAUCUCUCCUCCAUCCCUCCUUCCCACUUGCUUCUCCUCCCCUGCUCCCCACCCUUUCCCCCCCAAAAAGCCUUAGGUUUCUCCUUUUUGAAAUGUGGCCUUACAAUUCUUUCUGGAAAGCUGACUGCCCUCUCCCUCCAACUUCCACCAACAUCUGAGAAGAAAGAGCAUCCUGCAGCUCUCGUGGCCACCUCCUCAGCCAGGGGCUGCCAAUCUGUAGCUUGGAGCCACGACAGAAAGAGAAGGAUACUCUCCUGUUGUUCCUCUGGGUGCAACGAAGGCUUGGGUGCUCCCAUCAGCCAGCUCGGGCAGCACGCUGUCAGCGCACACUGCCGAGGCUCGGGUCCCUGGGGGGCGUCAGCACCCACUCUCCCACCCGCCCUCUCCCCACCCAGGCUGGGUGACUUGAUGCGCGUCGUUCAGGAGAGUCUCUCGAGCUCUCUCUCCAUCUUUCCUGCCUGGAAAGGGAGAGAACUUUCCAUAUUCCCAGCGGAUGGGUCGUGUUCUCAAAGGGAUCACAAUCCCAACUUCCUUUGCUCCAAGUUCUGUUGGAGGCCAAAGACAACCCCCCCCCCCACCCAGGGUUCUCCUAGGAAAUUCACUGGAAUUGAGCGCAACCGUCCUGAGAGUCCUCUCUCCGUCUUUGUUUUGUUUUUAAUAUGUUGUCAGUAGCGUUUGUUUUGGGGGUUUUUUUUAGAGGCCUCACAAUAAGUUAUUACUGUCCCUCUCAUUUUUUUUUCAAAAACAUGUGGUGAUAUAGUUUUUAAAAAUAACUAUUUUGUUAUAGAUCAUGAGAUGCAUAAAACUGUACAGAACUAUUUUGUAAUGUAUUGAUUUAAAAAAAUCUGUAAAUAAAGUUUAAAAAAAAUUCCAAUGGCACACAUGGAAGGAUGUAGAUAUUUUGCUAUUUAUUUAAAGGACUAUUUUAAGAGAGGUUGAACUAUCUGAAAUUGACCAGUAAUCAAAAUUCCAAUCAUAUGAACGCUUUUCCUCGAGGUGUAGACCGUGAUUCUCAGAAGCGAUUGCACUACCCGCCCAUUUUUGCACCUUUUUCUGUAUCUUCAUUUAGCAGAAAAACAACAACGAAAUUGUGCCUUAGCUGUAUUUUUUUGUCUAGGGGAGUUUGUUUCUGUCUGACAAAGCAAAACUUUUUGCAGAAAACAGUGGAUGUAUUAAAUACUGUAUCAUACCAAAAACACUGCAGGUGUAUAUAGAUGCUUCUGUCAUUCUGUGUUUUCAGAUGCAGAAUUUUAAAAUUAAAAAAAAAUACUGUCUUUAUGGAACA